CCUGCGCUAUCGAACCACUCGGAUAAAUUCUUCAGCAUUUGUUUUCGCACUCCGUAACGUAAGAAAAGAAUAAAGAAAGCCGCAAUUUCUUCCAGAAUUUUCCCAGUUUUACAUGCGCAAGUUUGAAAAAGUUUUAAAUGAUUCUAAAUAAUAAAUCUCAUGGUUAGCUACUUAGUUUUUUAACUAAUAUGAAGAUUUAUUAAAUAAUUUUUUUAUGAAAUUUGAAUAUUUGUAAGCAUUUUGAUGACAGUUACAAACUUAAAAACAAAAAUUCAAAAUUAAAUUAUCCCAUAAUAAAAAAUGAACUAUCAAAAUUGAAAUUGUUAAAAAUAGCUGUUUUUAAUUAUUAUAAUAUUCAUAACAUCAAAAUUGUGAACUUGUAAAAAAAAAUUUCUGUAAAACGUAAUAAAGAAUGAUAAACUUGCAAGUUCAGUUUUACGAUCAACAUAUGAUUAUUCAUGAUAAUAACUAAGAGUGUACUUUUGUUUGGAUACAAUUAUGACACAAAGACAUUAAAUUGGAUUUUGAAAAUCAACAAGAAUCCUCCUCCAAUAUGAUCCUUGAAUCCUUCUGUCAAUAUUAUGGACUUCAUAAUUUUUAUGUUACAAUACUUUUUGGUAUUAUAAGCAGCGUUUUCUCCAAUCAAGACCUUCUAGAGAGCAGUCCAGUUUUUACCGAGCCAAUUCAAAACAUCACUGUUACAGCAGGGAGAAAUGUGAGCUUAUCAUGUGUCGUUGACAAUCUUCAGUAUUAUAGGGUUGCUUGGAUUCAUACUAACAAAUACACACUCUUAACACUGCAAAAUCGUGUGAUAACAAGAAGCUCUCGGUUUAAAGUAAGCAACAACAGCCAAAGAACAUGGUUUCUGCACAUAUACAAUGUGCAAGAGAGAGACAGGGGUGAAUAUAUGUGCCAAAUCAACACUGUUCCCAUGAUGACUCAAGUUGGAUACUUAGAAGUAGUUGUUCCUCCUUACCUUGAUGAGAUGCUUACAAGUACAGACAUCGAAGUAAAAGAAGGAAAUGACGUCAGCUUGCGAUGCGUUGCCAAGGGAUCACCAGAACCAGAAAAUACUUGGAGACGAGAGGAUGGCCAAGAAAUAAAUCUCGGAAAAAGCAAAGUUAGUUCAGUCAAAGGAAAUUACUUAAACAUCAGUAAAGUGAGCCGUCUUCAUAUGGGAGCUUACCUUUGCAUCUUCUCCAAUGGUGUACCACCUUCACUGAGUAAACGAAUUAUGCUAGGAGUGAGCUUUACACCAAUGAUUUGGAUUCCUAAUCAGCUUGUUGGAGCUCCACUUUCUUCAAACAUUUUACUGCAAUGCAACCUCGAAUCUCAUCCUAAAUCAGUGACAUAUUGGAUAAAAGGAGAUGGCAUGAUGGUUUUGUCAAACAACAAAUACAGGACAGAGGUUCAACCUAUUGUAUUAUAUAAAGUACAUCUGAAUUUAUACAUCAGCAGCUUAGAACCUGAAGACUAUGGAUCAUACACAUGCGUUGCUAAAAACUCACUUGGGGAGACCGAAGGAACCAUAAGAUUAUAUGAAGUUCCUCCUCCUGUUCUAAUUGAUGAUAAAGCGGAGAAAGAUAUUUUACUCUCAAAAUCGGAGAAGUUACAAAAUGGUAACGAAAAGAAUUUGCUCAAAGAUCGAAAAGAAAAUGAUGAUGAUACUGUAUCAAGUGGAGUAAGAAUUCAACUGAUUAUUUCUCACCUUGUGCUAAUACCAUUUAUUCUAAUACCCUUCAAGGCUUACUUUGUAUGACAUUUAAUGUAAAUCAUGUUUGUUUGCAAAUUUUUGGUUUUGUAUAUAAUGUGACAUAAAGACUAUUCAUUUCGAAAUACAAACUUUUUUUUAUUGAAAUUGAAUUCUCUUUCUUUAUGGUAUAAAUUUCCUAAUAAAAAUGUUAAUACUGUA